ACAGAAAGAAGAUAGUGAGAAAAUAUGGCUCAGGCGAUCGGAAAAGUGUGUGUCACCGGAGCCGGCGGCUACCUUGGGUCUUGGGUUAUGAAGCACCUUCUCUCUAACAACUACGUCGUCCACGGCACCGUCAAGCAACCUGGGGAUGCCAAAUAUGCACACUUGAAUCAGCUUGAGAAAGCAUCCGACAACCUCAAACUCUUCAAGGCGGAUUUAUUGGAUUAUGAUUCUCUUUGUUCCGCCAUUGCCAGCUACGCCGGUGUCUUCCACGUUGCCUCUCCCGUCCCCUCCUCCGCGUUACUAAUCCCCAGGCAAUACUAA